AGUAAUCCUAUUUUGAUACGGAGUAUUAAAAACAUAAACUUUUUAUUUUGAUUUUUUUUAGUGUUUUACUUAUACCAAAAAUAAAAUUCCCAUAUAAUUCAUUUUUAACUAGUUAUUACUCCGUAUUUCGGAUUCAAUUUAAAAAAUCAUUUUCCCAAAUUCACUCUGGUGCGAAGCUUCUUGAGCUUUCACCACGAGAUGACUCCAUCCCUCGCCGGCUGUUCCCCGUGAUUCACCUUCCGACCCCACAUGGUCACAUUUGGGUGUUUUUUUCGUGCGAUUAAUCCUCGAGGUUUGCUUGAAUUGAUGAUCUUUAAAGAAUGGAUUUUUCCGGCGGAUUAAGUCCCAGAACCAGUCCGGCGGCCAGGGAAAAGCCCAAAAACGUCGGCGCGGAUGUCCAAAUUGUUGGGAUUGAGCUAACUGGCAAUGGGUCGCUGUCGGAUCACGGUUUCCAUCCCAUGAAUGCGCUUGAAAUCCUGAGGGAAACCGUGUGGGUUCUCAGGUACAAUUCUGUAGGCUUUUUGUCGAUUGCGUCCGUAUUGAUUUGUCCUGUGUCUGCUGUUGCUUUGUCGAAUGUAUUGGUCGAUCAGUCCGUUGUGAAACUUCUGACAGUGAGGCUUUUGCUCAUUGCUAAGUCUAGCGGCCUUUCUCUAAGGCCUUUUGUGAGACAGUCAGUUCAGAAGUUUUCGGAAAUGGUGGUUUCGAGCUCAGUUUGUUUCCCCAUGUACGUUUCUUUACUGCUAUUGUCAAAAGCUGCAAUUGUUUAUUCUGUGGAUUGCACUUAUUCGAAAAGAAAGUUCAACCCUUUGAAGUUUUAUGUGAUAAUCACCAAGAUUUGGAAGAAGAUUGUCGUGACGUACUUGUGGGCAUGUUGUUUGGUUUCUGGAUGCCUCACUCUCUUCCUCGUACUUCUUGUAUCAGUUUGCACCACUUUCUCUAUCAUGGGGUUCCCCUCGGACUUGAUCUUGUACCCUGCGAUGAUCGUUGGGAUGAUCUUCUCAAUAAUCUUGGCAAAUUGCACGAUUAUUUGCAGUGUCGCAGUUGUGAUUUCUGUUUUGGAGGAUGUGUCGGGCCCACAGGCGUUGCUCCGGUCCAGCUCACUCAUCAAGGGGCAGACCCAAGUCGGCCUCCUUAUAUUUCUAGGGUCGACGAUUGGGAUGGCAUUUGCGGAGGGUCUCUUUGAGCAUAGAGUGAAGUCUUUGAGCUACGGGGAUGGAUCAUCUCGGGUAUGGGAAGGGCCUCUUUUGGUGAUCAUCUACUCCUUUGUUUUGCUAAUUGAUUCUAUGAUGAGUACCGUUUUCUACUUCAGCUGUAAAUCGUAUAGAAUGGAACGAGCAAACGAGGAGAGUGAACCGGUUCUUGAAGCCCUGACCAAUCCAUAGGCGUUCGUGGAAACCAUGUCGUAGAAUUAUGAGAUUCCAACCCAACCCCAUUUGACAAUGAUAAGAGUAACUCGUAUUCUAAUAUAUUAGUCUUUUUUACCCAGGUUGUUCGACGUGAGAUUAUAUCCUCGACUCCUGCUCGCGGUAGCUUUUGGUUGAAAUGAAUGUUACGAAACGCCCCCCCCCCCUUAAAAACAGUCAUUUCAGCCAAUUGAGUGCAUUCUGAAAGCUGUUUAGCUUCU